AUGUAUGUGAAAUUAUUUGAUACAGUAAUGUUAUACUAUCUUAUUUUAGUGUAUUUAGUGAAUGUCACUUUUUGUCAUUUUCAAAUUUCCCGCCGUUCCGUCCCCCGUAUGUCCUGACGUCGCAGGGUACGGAACCCAGAAGACAGAUGCCGGUAUCGGCCGGAGGACAUUACAGGGGACACUGCAGGAGGGACAUCGCGGGAGCGCAGGACAAGGUAAGAGAAGAACAGAUCCCGGAGCAGCACUGCAGUGUAUUCCCGAGUGUAGCUCGGGGUUACUGCUUGUGCUACACUCGGGAAUACCGCCAGGGAGGCUA